CAACCUGCAAAAAGGACUUAAGUAUCUCCAGAUUUGGAGAACUAUAUGUUUUCCAAAAUUGAUACAAAGAAUGAAGCUUGGAUAUUUAUUUAUACAUUACUAAAAUUCUCAAGUCUGUAACAUUUAACUGGCUGAAACUGAAUCAUAGGGCAAUAUGUUUUGAACCAAUGCCUCAAGUGUUUCCAAAAUCCAGGAUCCAUCACUCCCAUGGAAUUGUAAUUUGGCAAAUUUUAUAAAACAUUUUAUGACAUAAAAAUCACGAUAAAGCAUUUUAUGAUAUAAUACAAAAUGCCAUAAAACAUUUCCUGUGGUCAACUGCUAAUGUUUGACUGUGUUAUAUGGUUCAAUAAGGGUUACUCUCAAGGCAGAUAUAUCUCUGAAUAUCUCCCUAAAUUGUUAAGAACUUUUCUAGCACAUUAGAAGCUCUUCCAUUGUUGAAGGCAUUGAAGAAUCUAGUAAGGAUGUAAGUAGUCGCCUGUUGUCCUUUUUCUAACAAAAUUUAAAAAACAGUGGAAUGUCCUAUGAACAUUGCUCUUGUUAAAUGAACUGUUGAAGAACAUGGGAAUAAACAACAGUGAACAGAGUUGUUAAAAUGGCAUUGAUUGCAGAUUAUGUAUAAGGCAAUAACAUCAGCCUAUGUCAAGCCCAACAAAAUAAGACUAUUAAAAUCUCUUCCUACUAUCUGUUACUCAAAAACAAUGUAUCAGUUGGUUAAAUAUUGGCUUAUACAACUUUUUAUUAUCUGUACUUUUGAUCAGCAUUGUGGGUUUGUUCAACUUUCUGUUCUUUAGAACUGAACCUUCAGUGAACCCAGUAAAGUGAAAUUCAAUAUUGAGUAAAUAAAAAAGUGCAGCUUUAAGGAGCUGCUGGCAAAUUUAGCAAUUAUGCUUUUGCUAGAACCAAAGCACUUUUCUACUUCAGAUUGAAACAUUGGAUUCAUCUAAUAUUGUAUUACAUUAGUAUGCUAACAUCUAUAAUAGAAAAAUGGUUUUGUCAGUGAAGCUAAACUCCUAAUAUGAUUGUGAUAUUCCACGUUUAAUGCCCUUUAUAAUUCCAAAACUAGAAAACUAGUUGACUUCUGAUUUCAGAACUGCAAUAGCCAGUAUUGCAGUAAAGCUCCUCCUAUUUUAUGAUACUUCUGCUUGGAGAAAUGUUUAUCUGAUAGCUGAAUAAAUACUAGGGAGUGUUGCUUAUAGGUUCAGUAGCAUAUGUAUUGCAGAACAAAAAGUAAGGGCUAGCCAUUACUUCAGCUUGUAUUCAGUUCUUCCAAACUACUUGUAUAGAAGUUGUCAGAUGGAUAUGGCCCUAGAUAAAAGGGAUGUGAACCAAAAUGAAGAGCUACUCAUGGGUAUAACUCUGCAAGUUGUUGGCACAGAUAGAGGAAAGUAUGUACCAAAAAACUGCAAUGAUAUUGAAGUAAUCACUCAUCUGUUGGCUGAGAAAGAUCGAGAUCUAGAACUAGCAGCACGGAUUGGACAAGCCCUUCUUAGACAAAAGCAUAGCCUAACUGAGCAAAAUGAUGUUCUGGAGGAUCAGUUGGGUCAAGCCUUUGACAAAAUUCACCAGCUACAACAUGAACUAACAAAAAAAGAUGAACUGCUUCGUGUGGUAUCCACUGCUUCUGAAGAAAGUGAGACUGAUUCUAGCUGUUCCACACCACUUCGUUUCAAUGAGUCCUUCAACUUGUCACAAGGUUUCUUACAGUUGGAUAUCUUGCAAGAUAAACUCAGGGAACUGGAAGAGGAAAACCUAUUACUUCGAACAAAGGCAUGCCAUCUGAAGACUGAAACCAUGACAUACGAAGAUAAGGAGCAUCAGCUAGUCACUGAUUGUGUUAAAGAAAUAAAGGAAACAAAUGCUCAGAUUGCAAGAAUGAGUGAAGAAUUGAUGAGGAAGGAUGAAGAACUGAUUCACUACCAGGAGGAAAUCUCAUCCCUCUUAUCUCAAAUUGUUGAUCUUCAGCAUAAGAUCAAAGAGCAUGUAAUCGAAAAAGAAGAAUUGAAGCUGCAUCUGCAAGCUUCUAAAGAUGCCCAGAAACAGCUGACAGCAGAGUUACAUGAAGUGCAAGAGCGGAAUGUGGAAUGUCUGGGGAUGCUGCAUGAGUCCCAAGAAGAAGUGAAAGGAUUGCGCAGUAAAACAAGCCAAGCUGCCCUUCACUGUCGACCCCAGUUGUGUGGAACGUUUCCUGUGGAAUCUCUGGCAGCAGAAAUUGAGGGAACAAUGCGGAAAGUUCUAAGUUUGGAUGAGGAAUCGCUGUCUAAACAAAAGAUUCAACAGAAACGUAUAUUUGAUACUGUUAAACUUGCUAAUGAUAUGCGUGGCCGUUCUGCUUCGUGUCCCGUUUCACUGUCCAUUCCAGGAUCCAAUCGUUCAAGUGUUGUCAUGACAGCAAAGCCUUUUCAUUCUGGCUUGCAAUAUGUGGAAGGAAAAGGACCUCAAGCUCUAAAGGCCAGCACAGAGGAUGUUUCCAAGGAAACUCAGAAGCUAAGCCAUGCAGGUAUCCCUUCAGAAGAUGAUGUAGCCACUGCUUUACAUAAACUUAAUCUCCGUUGUCAGAAUUAUCUAAGUGAAAAAUGGUUUUUUGAAGAAGAAUGGAAGCGUAAGAUACUUUUGCUGGCUGACCAAAAGGAAGAACUCACUGGCUGUAGCACACCAGUAGAGAACUGUCUUUCACUGAAUAGCAGUUCAGAACAUGCUGAUUUCUCUGGAUCUUUUAGCAGCAUGCGGUCCCUUCUCCCAGAGAAAUUGCAAAUCGUCAAACCCCUUGAAGGCUCUCAGACCCUAUUUCAUUGGCAACAGCUGGCUCAGCCCAACCUAGGUACAAUUCUUGACCCUCGCCCUGGCGUUGUCACAAAAGAUUUUGCACCACUGUCUCAGGAAGAUGUUUAUUACCUUUCUGAUUUGGAAGAAGAUGAAGAAGAAAGGGAUGAAGGUAUAACUUUCCAAGUACAGCCCUCUUUACAGGAGGAAAUUAAACAGACAGUGCCAAAGUCAGUGCCAGGAAUUUUCCUCCCACCUGCUAAAUUAGCAACAAUUCCUCAUGCAGCUUCCAAUCCAGGAAAAUGUCUUUCAUCUACAAACUCUACAUUUACUUUUACUACUUGUAGAAUACUUCAUCCAUCUGAUAUCACACAGGUUACACCCAGCACUUUGUAUUCUCCCUUGUGCUCUGGAAGUUGUAGCAGUACAAGCAGUGUAAUUACAAGCGCUCCAUCCAUGUUGUAUAAGCUUAGUACUGGAGAAUUCCUUACUAACAGAAGAGAUUCAACUUCCACCUUCAGUAGUACUAGAAGUUUAGCAAAGCUUUUACAAGAACGAGGCAUCUCAGCCACGGUUUAUAACAGUCCAGUCCAACUUGAAGCACCACUGCUUCAUCAUUCCAGGAUACCUGCUGUGCCCUCAACACCUCCAAAUUCUCCUUUGCAUUCCCCUUGUUCUUCUCCUCCCUCUUUUGAGUCUCGAGCGUAUGUAUCUGAAAACUUUUUGGCCUCUCGACCAGCUGAAACAUUAUUACAUGAGCUGUAUGGACAAAAGCCCUCGAAUCCUUCUGAUGCAAGACAGCUGAAGAUCAAUCUGGUAGAGAGGCUAAAGAAACUGGGGAUUGCUAGAGCUGUCAAACAGCCCGAGGCAGGGGGUUAUAGAAAGAGUCAGAGGAAAAGUAGCUGUCUCCAAAGACAGGGCUCAGGAGUGUAUGUGAGUGCAGGCAGCCAUUUGAUGGGGGGCUUGAGAAGAAACCACAGUCUUCCAGUCUUGAUUGGAGCACUUUCAGGCCCAGUAAGCACAUCCUCCACAACAAUGGGAGUCUUGAAAGAGGAUUGAGCUAUCUAGCAUCAGACACUUUUAGUUGGGGAACAAAUGUUUUGAAAUGGAAAGAUAAGAUUAGUAAAAAUGGAUGCAUUAAACAUAAGAUUGUUGAAUGAUAAAGGUAUGUGGCUAAACGGGACAAGGGAAGCUUGGCAUAAAAAAUUGUAAAAAUUAAGAAAGGAAGAAAAUAGAGAAAAACAAAAUUUAGUCUUGAAAUGAUUGAAAAAAACUUUGUCAUGAUCAAAAGGAAAUAAAGCAAACAAAUAUAUUUUCUACCAUUGAUAUUAAAAGAACAAGCCAAUGUCUAUGCAACUUUAUUUUAGAAUAUGUUUUAUUGGAUGUCAUCCAAGAGAUCCAUAUACAUAAAUAGACGUUCUAAAGUUAUAUAUGAUUGUAAGGAAGUACAUUCUUCAAAUAACAGGUGCAAUUUGUUUAUAGAGCAAAAACCAUAUUUAUUCUAAUGUAGAAAGAUCAGGUGCAAUAUUUCAUUAAGCAAUCUCACACAAUAGGAGAAAUCUAGGAGUGCAAAAUUACUACAUACUAUAUUGAACAAACAAAAAACCUUAAUGUUUAAAAAAGGAGUCAAAUGUAUGUGCUUUGUGGAGGUUCUAUAUAUAUUUGGGAGGGAUAUAUUUGGCAAGCAAGAAAGUAUUUGUUACUCUAUAAGCUGUAUUUGGAAAAUGUUUACCAUAUUAAUGUUGGAAUAAUCUUGGAGAAAAUUCCAUACAUUUGAAACAAUCAGUAGUUAAUAAAAAUUAUCUUUAAAAUAUGUUAUAAAAAUAAUAACAAUUUUUGGAUUUUUGGGAAGUUAAGGUGCAGCUUUCAGGGAGAAACCUCAAGAGAUUUACAAAAUGAUAGGCACAACUUAUUGUAUUAAUAUGAAACAGAAUGACAGCUAUUCAAGCUGACAAAGAAUUGCCAUUCAUAAUUUAGUCUAAGAUAAAUUUCAAGCUUGAUGUUUCUGAAGCAGGAUGUUGUGUUUCGCAAAAUGAGCACAGUGGGACAGCUUUGAAUGUGAAGCAGAAACAGGAAAGAGAAAAGGCACAAGCGACUCAGAUUUUUCUUUUAUAUUUGGAUAACCGAAGGAAGAGAUUCUUAAAAUACGCACAUCUCACUUGCUCAAUUAAUUGCUAAUCAAAAAUACUUGCAAAGAGUGUCACGACUGUACUAAGCUGCUUGAUUUAUGGUUAUGAUGAGCAAAUAUAGCCCUCUUGCCAUGGAUCAAACAGGAGAUGAUGAAGAUAAAAGCUGAAUGGUUUGAAAAUUAAGCACAGAAAGUGGCUAUAUCAUUUAUCUGUGGGUUUUAAAAGGCUAUUCUCUAUAUUAGUUAAAGAGAUCAUAGGGUGCAUUCAGAAAUACUAAACAGACUGGAUUUAAACAAUCCAGGUAGCUUUAUAUAUAUCAAUGAAUCAAAAGUGAGGGUUUCCUCCCCUUGAAUAGGCAUUCUAGGUGAUGAUUUGGAAUGUUUUAAACAAAUGUUUUAAAGGUUACAAACAGCUAUGCAAGUAGCUUAUCAAUUCAGUCUUGGUAUCAAUCAAUGAGCUUGGCACCAUUGGCUGGAGCUACUAAAUUGUAAAUGGUGCUUGUAAAUAGUAAAAAUGUAUUAUUUUAAGCUUCUAUAUACGGGUUAAUUCUAUUUAAAUUCUAUUUUAAUUUUUUUAAGUGUAUAAAGCUUGUAAAAUGCAUUUCCUUUGUGAUGUUUAAAAACUUGCUUUCCUUGGCAAGAUAAAUAAUAGGAAAUAUUUAAGUUGGGUUCCAAAGCAACCUGCCACACUUUUAUAUAAACAGAGAAAAACCUGGGUAAUGAAACAGAAGCAUUCUUCAAGAUGAUCCGUCCUAACUACAGGGAAUCAAGCACAAUAUUUCAACUACUGUGGAUCUGAUGCAUGUCAGUUUUAUACAUUAUGUAAAUUCAUCUUAAAUCAUAGUAAUUUUGAAUGAGCAUUCCUAAUUGGAUUUCAUAUCUUUGUCUUUUUAAAUUAUUUGUAUUGGAAUGGUUCAAAAGAAAGUCUGACUUAAUAAGGUUCUGCCACUGAUAACAAGACCUUGUAAAUCAGACUUAUUUCUGUUGAACCGUAUCCUAUAAAAUUUUGUAAACUAUUCAGUAAAUACAUGUUUAUUUGAAAAGGUUUUUUUUUCCAAGUAUGGAUUAUCUAAGAUGUCAUAUUCUGAUUUUUUUACUUGGGGCUAGCUUACAUUUUUUACCUUCUGUAUUACUAAUGAGUGUGCAACCAGUAGCAGAAAAAUCUAAAUCUACUUACCUCUAAAGUGGAAACGCUACCGGUAGUUUUAUAGCAUGCCUAAAGACCCUCCUCUCAAAAAAAAUUAGCUGGGAACUAGAGGAGCAGUACUUUUGUGCCAAAGCUCUUUAAAAAAAUGAGCCUUGGAAAUAGAAAACAGAUGAAGAAAUAACAAUCAGUAUAGUUACAAAAAAUACAUUAUAUCCCAGAUAGCUGUUGUUAUAAUGAAUGACCUAUCCUGCAAGAUUGAUACAGCUAACAAUAACAACCCUAUAGGAUCCUUAGAAGAAUAUCGUGAUCACUUUCAUAUGUAUUUUGAUACCAUAUUUGAGUGCCAAUUUUUCAUGAAGAAAUAGCUGCUCAUGUCAUUUAAAACAAUAUUGGUAAAUAUUUCAUUAUAAUUGAAAUUCUUUAUAUGUUUCAUAAUAAUAUGUAUGCUUCAGUCUGCUCCUUGAAUGAAAAGAAUGCUUUUUAAAAAACAAAACAAAAAACCAAAUAUAUCUAUUUUAAUAUGCAAAUAUAGAUGUCAUUUUUUUCUGCAGGCAAUACUUGAAAUGCAUUUCAUUUGAGAAAGAAAUAGCUGUAAUUUAACAUAUAAUAAAGAUAUUAUUUCUUUUUGGCUUUCACCUUAGAGUGUGCAUUUCUUAAGGUUAUAAGGUUAAGUUUUUGCAUAUUAUAAUAAAAUUGAAGCUUGAUCAUAAAAAUAAUAAAACCCAUCUUUUUACACA